CUGGAAUCGCCGUGCAACGCUCCCCUCCGCCUGACUGCCUGACCUCCAGAGCCGCUCCUGUUCUCCUAACACCCAGGUUUCCAGAGCUCGCAGGACGAUGUGAAUGGUAGUGCUGAGAGCUACUGAGAGCACGCUCACUGUCACAGCCAUGGCCAAGGGAGAGAAGACGGUCCAGAGCUCCUCCGACAGACUGAUCAAUCACUCGGAAUCACACUACAGCAAAACCCCUCACCAGACUCAUCCUGAUCAGAAGCUGUCCGUGUGCAGUAAGCUAUGCUAUGCCAUCGGAGGAGCUCCCAACCAGGUAGCAGGAAGUGCCACGGCCUUCUUCCUGCAAAUCUACCUCCUGGACGUGGCACAGAUUAACCCUUUCCAGGCCUCCAUGGUACUGUUUGUUGGGAAGGCGUGGGGAGCAGUGACGGACCCGGUGGUGGGGUUCUUCAUCAGCAAAAGCAAAUGGACCCGGAUCGGCAGGCUCAUGCCCUGGAUGGUGGGAUGCACUCCUUUUGUGGUGGUGUCCUAUUUCUACCUCUGGUAUGUUCCACCGUUCUCCAGCGGAAAGUUCAUUUGGUACCUUGGCUUCUAUUGUCUGUACCAAACACUGAUCACAUGCUUCCAUGUGCCGUACUCUGCCCUCACCAUGUUCCUGAGCACCGACCAGCGGGAGAGGGACUCGGCCACCGCUUACAGGAUGACAGUGGAGGUGCUGGGGACGCUCGUCGGAGCUGCGAUCCAGGGUCAGAUCGUGGCCAGCGCCCACACCCUGAAGCACUGCUCGCAUCAUAACGUGUCCGUGUCCCUGGGUCACCUGGGAAACGUGAGCGGAGCCGAGCAGGGCGAUCACGUGGUCCGCAGCCCGGCUCCUGUCCAGGACUUCCUCUAUCACGCCAAGGUGGUGUACAUGAUUGCAGCGGGAGUCAUUGGGGGAAUCUUCCUCAUCUGUACACUGGUGAUGUUCCUGGGAGUCAAAGAGAAGGACGAUCCCUACGCCCCGAGGACAGAGAAGCCCAUUCCCUUCCACAAGGGCUUCAUGCUGGUGAUGCGACACGGGCCCUACCUGAUCCUGACUGCAGCCUUCCUCUUCAUAUCCGUAGCCAUCCAGCUUGUGCAGAGCAACUUCGUGCUGUUUUGCACCUAUGCAGUGGAUCUUCGAGACCACUUCCAGAACAUCGUGCUGACAAUACUGAUGUCUGCCGCCGUGAGCAUCCCGCUGUGGCAGUGGUUUCUGCAGCGGUUUGGGAAGAAGACGGCGGCCUACUGCGGCAUCACAUGGAUCGUCCCCUUCACCAUCAUGCUGGUGUUCAUUCCCAACCUCGUGGUGGCGUACAUGGUGGCCGUCGCCUCCGGGUUGAGCGUGGCUGCGUCACUCCUGUUACCAUGGUCCAUGCUGCCGGACGUGCUGGAUGACUUCAGACUGGUCAACCCUUAUUCGAAGGGACACGAAGCAAUCUUCUACUCCUUCUACGUGUUCUUCACCAAGUUCGCUGCGGGGAUUUCUUUGGGAGUCUCCACACUUUGUCUGGAGUUUGCAGGGUAUAACACCGGGGCAUGCCAGCAGCCCCCUCCUGUGGCAUACACUCUCAAGCUGCUGAUUGGAGCUGCUCCUGUGGCCUUCAUCGUGACUGGUCUGAUGAUCCUAGUCCUUUACCCAAUCACAGAGGAGGUGCGGCUAAAGAACAAGCUCGCUUUGGACCAGCUCAGAACACAGGGCCUCAGUUCAAGACCUCAAACAGAAGACCUGCGGAGUAGUGCAUGAUUUCUUCAGCUUUUAGACUUUAGUCUUAAGGUUUAAUGUAGGACACUUUAUACUCCAGGCCAACUGGAAAGAGUAAUGUUAGUGUAUAUUACACUGG